GAGAUGGCCACAGCUAGCCCUUUGGGGAGUACCACCUUCUCACUGAACAUGACCACCAGACGAGGAGACCUUCUGGACAAGAGUUCUGGAGCCAUCGUUGCUGCCAUUGUGGUGGUUGUCAUCAUCAUCUUCACCGUGGUUCUGAUCUUGCUGAAGAUGUACAACAGGAAAAUGAGGACAAGACGGGAGCUGGAGCCCAAGGUCCCCAAGCCAGCCUCCCCUUCUGCCCUGGGCCCAAACAGCAACAGCAGCCAACACCCUGCAACUGUGACCUUCAGCCCUGUUGACGUCCACUUGGAGACUCGGUGACCCCCCAUCCUGGGUGCUGUCUC